CUCGAACGCUUUGCGGUCGACAAGAAAACGCCUUGCCCCUUGAGCUGAGUCCAAUGGCAUUCCUCAGAGCCGUUUUCUGUCUUCUGGCGCUCUCCGUCGCCACCCUUGCUGCGCCCUCGGCCGACCCCUCGGCGGACGUGCUGGAGGUUAGCGUUCGCGAGACUUCGGCUGGCAAGUACAUGAUCGGUGUGACGCUGGAAACGUCUGACGUGGACUGCACACACUACGCCAACUGGUGAGCCAGGAGAAAACAGACCAACCGAGCAGCUGUGCUGCCGCCGGUAACCUCUCCCUCUGCCUCUCUGUUCGCUUCAGGUGGGAGGUGCUCAGUGAGGACGGUAAGGCAGCACACCGACCACACCAGAAUAGGCACACCCUACGGCCUCCCCUCCCCCUUUGCGCGUGCUGCAGGCGAGCUGCUGUACCGUCGCAUCCUUCGUCACAGCCACGCCGCCACCCAGCCCUUCACCCGCUACUCCGAGGACGACGUGUCGCUCGAGGAGGACCAGGAGAUCAUCGUGCGUGCCCACAUGCACGUGGACGGCAAGGAGCUCUACCCCGACAGUCAGGUCCUCAAGGGCAGCGCCAAGGCGGGGUUCGCAAAAGCCACGCUGGAGAAGAACUUUGCUGCCGCUGUGGAGAAGGAGGGGCCGCAGGCCGAGGGCUGCCUGUAUUGAUGAUUACGCGUCGGGAGUCUGAGGCCAGCCAGAAGAAGGCUUCCGAAGUGGAGCUAUCUAUAGUUGCAUUGCACACAGUCAUGGUUUUUGCGUCUGGUUUUCGCCACGGAGGGAUGUGUACAGAGGUUAGCAAAGAGCAUCUUAUUGGGUGGGGUGGUGCAAAUGCACGUACUUAGAGGCAGGCGGGGGUGGGUGGGGGUCUGAGAGGGUGUGGCUGGCUGGCUGGCUGGUGCCACUCGCUGUCUUGCUGGAUCGUUCUAUUCUGGUCUGUCUGUUUGCGAUGCUAUGCGGCUGUGUCGAUAGGUAAGACGUGCACAUCGAUAAGUGUUUCGUUGCUCUCUCCUGCUCCGACCCGACACACUUGGCUUGGCUUACAUUACAUUCAAUGCAUUGUGUGUGUCUGGAAAUUAUAUGGCUGGUCAUAUCAAUGUCAGCGCAUCACUGAC